AUGACAAUGACAGAAAGGAAGGAAAGAAAUGGCUACCGCUGCCUUUGCGGGAUAGAGAGACGUUCGAAGCGCUGCACAGAGAGCACCUCUGAACCUUAUCACGAGGGUACAAAAAAUGGAUAUUAUUCAUGCAUCAAAGAGGGGCUCCUCACCAACACUCCCGGUCCUGAUGGUUUAUUUUUCAACUUAGAACUUAAACGCUUAACGAGAACCUUAAAAUUAAAAAAUUUAAAAACUGUAGAGAAAAAUAAAGAAGGGAUACCAAGACCAAAACCUUUGUCCCUCACCCAUGCGUCACUCCCGCAGGUAAACAACGCAAAGUUUGAGCAGGCCUCACUCUGA